AUGACCGAGUUCAAGGGAUCGUGCCAUUGCAAGCAGACCGAGUGGACGGCUACGCUGCAGCCGGAUCAGCAGGCGCAUAUUCUUUGCCACUGCAACACGUGCAAAGCCCUGUCUGGCGCCACCUACACGCUCAACCAAAUCAUUCCCACGACAGCACUCAAGAUUUCAAAGGGCGGAGAUGCCCUGGGAAAGUACACGUACAAGGGUGAUUCGGGCAAGGGUGUGCACUGUUACUACUGCAAGAACUGCACUGCGCAUGUCUACCACCAGCAGGAUGCCAUGGGGCCCGACAAAAUCAUCCUGAGGACUGGAUUGCUGGAGCAGGGUAUCAAUGAUUUUAAGCCUGGGGCGGAGAUUUACGGCAAGGAUCGCUUGGCGUGGGAGAAGGAGGUUGCGACCACGUUUGAUGCUUUGCCGCCUUCGUAG